CCGCCCUGGGCGCGCUUGGUCCUGCCUCGUGGAGCGUCCGCCUUUCUGCGUCCCCACUACAGCGGCACCAGCCAGAGCAUCCCGUUAGGGGACUAGCCACGAUGCACUGGGGAUACGAUGAGCACAACGGGCCUUCUCACUGGAAGGAACUUUUCCCUCUCGCGACUGGAGACCGUCAAUCUCCCAUUGAUAUCCAAACUGAGACGACUAAAUAUGACCCCACUCUGCGUCCUCUCUGCCCUAACUAUGACCCUUCCUCCGCUAAAGUUAUACUCAACAACGGACACUCCACCAGUGUGGAAUUCGAUGACACUGAAAAUAAAUCAGUGCUGAGUGGGGGUCCACUCAUUGGAAACUAUAGGCUGCGGCAAGUUCACUUCCAUUGGGGGCCCAGUGAUGACAUUGGCUCUGAGCAUGCAGUGGAUGGGACAAGAUUUGCAGCAGAGCUCCACGUGGUCCAUUGGAACGCAGACAAAUACCCCAGUUUUGUGGAGGCCGCUUGCCAGGCAGAUGGAUUAGCAGUCAUGGCUGUUUUCUUACAGGUGGGUGAAUGCAAUUCACAGCUGAAGAAAAUCACAGACCAUUUGGACGCCAUCAAAAUUAAGGGCAAACAGCACAGGUUCACCAACUUUGAUCCUUCCUGCCUGCUGCCCCAUUCGCUGGACUACUGGACUUACCUUGGCUCCCUCACUUCUCCUCCUCUUCUUGAAAGUGUGAUCUGGAUCAUUCUCAGGGAGCCUAUAAGCGUUUGCUCAGAGCAGCUAGCCAAAUUUCGCAACCUCCUCUGCACUGGUGAGGGAGAAGCCGCCUGCUGCAUGCUGAGAAACUUCAGACCGCCACAGCCUUUAAGGGGCCGGGAAGUGAGAAGAAACUGAAGGGGAGAAAAAGCAAGGAUAACUCUUAGCAAUGACUGAUACUAUUUAGCAAGCGGAACCCAUUUUAAUAGGUUAUGUUAAGUUUUAAUGAUUUUUUU